AUGGCUCACAGUGUUCAGCGUACUGAUUCUGCCGUAUCAGCUAAUAUAGGAAAUGGAAAUGUACUUCUGCUUUCUAAGUCAUUCAAUUCAAUCCAUGGCCUUUUGCUGCAGCUGGCUUCUCUUAUGGAUAACAACUUUAGAGGUUUGACAGACGGUAGCAUGAAGGAUCAGAUUCUUGGCCUACUACUGGAGGUUCUCUCAAGAUGUUCUUGGCUUGGCUGUACGAAAUUAUGCUCAUGCCCUGUCGUAAUUACAUCUUACUUGCGGGUAUUGGAUCUCAUGCUUGAUGUUGCAAGGACAGGGAAAAGCAGACAUACUGAAGUCAUUCAGGCAUUGCUGCUAGAGUUAAGUUCCCAGUGCUUGAGCAACACAGUAUCAACCCAGUACGCAUUCCAUGAUCCAACCCUUAUUGAACUAAAACAGCAAGCAACUGAAUCAUUUUUGAGCUGUGUUGGUCUUUCUAAGAAAAACGAUGAGACUAAUGAUGAAGAUGUGCAGUUGCAAAUACUUGGUGAACCAACUUCAGAGAUGCCUAGAGAGGACUACUCCCUUCAUAAAGUACACAAGGAGAUUAUGUCAUGUCUCACUGGUCCUUCAUAUGAUGUUAGAAUUACAGUGCUGAAGAGGAUACUUUGGCUCACAAAAUCAAUCAGACAUGGUGAUGUAGAAAACAUUUUGCACCAGUGGGCAGGAGUUAAUCUGCAGCCUGCUUUAAUGGAACGGUUAUUUGUGGAAGAACACCCUAAGUGCCUUUAUUAUAAUCUGAAGAUCAUCUUUUCAUGGAACAUGAAAUUCCCAUUUAACAAUGAAGAAGAUUCUAGCACACUUUUGUCCUUGUGGGACAGGUUAGUUCAUUUAAACAGCACCAUGUCACAUGCAAAAACCAGAGAAAUAGUUCUAUGUUGCAUGGGUAUGUGCAUGAAACUGUUCACUAAACUAUCUGGGGGUGGUGUUUCAAUGAAUUGUCUCAAGACCAGUGAGAUCUCUGCAUCCUAUGUCCAAAUCAAUGAAGGGAAUAGAUUAUCUGAUGCCAUGCUUAGAGUAAACUUGUUUGUCACUCUUGUCAAGAACCAAAGUGAACCAUCGGAAAGUGUGAAUGCUCGGCGGGCUGCUGCUGAGGCAAUUGUUGCUUCUGGUCUUCUUGAAGAAGCAAACUACGUUGCUUCAUCUGUGUCCAACAUGUCCUCUCCUUCAGAAUUUGAUGAAGGCCGUAUCAAAGAGAAAUGCAUGGAAGCUAACGUUUUUGCCUUUAUCAGUCUUUAUACAUGCAAGAUACUUGACUUAUGGUUUGUAUGUAUUCAGUUGCUGGAGGAUGAGGAUGCCUAUCUGAGACAAAAACUUGCGAAGGAUAUUCAGAAAAUAAUCGCUAAGGGUUCAGCUAAUACCUUCUGUGAUGAUUCCACACCACUACAAGUUGAUAGAGUCAUUGAAUUAAGCUUGGACUAUUUAACUUCUUUAUUUGGCCACUGGCAGAAAUACAUUGAAUUCUUGUUAAGGAUAGUCUUGGACACUGGAAACACUCUGAACUCCUGUGGCGAUUUGGUCCGUCAGAUAUUUGAUAAAGAAAUAGAUAACCACCAUGAGGAGAAGCUAUUGAUAUGUCAAAUCUGCUGUUCGAAUAUUCAGAAACUUUUGCAUUCAAAAUGUCAGAUGGAAGCAGGAGCAAAAACUAAACUGUUCCUGCAGAAUUGGAGGGAGACCUUUUUAAACCAGCUCACAUCACUGACUGGUGGCUAUCUUGAGAAAGAGGGGAAGAACAAUUGGAUUGGCGGCAUAGGUAACCACAAGGACGUGUUCAUAUCAGUGUAUGCAGUUCUGCUAGGCUUAUAUGCGCUCACGCAAUCUGGUUCUCUGGAACAAUUAGAGGACAACCGUGCAAUUUAUUUGCAAGAAUUUUCAAACCUUGAAGGGUUUAUCACACCAUUCCUCAAGAAUCCUUUGAUUUCUAAUCUUUACGCUCUGGUAAAAUUAUCACAUGAGAGGUUCAGAUCAUCAGAUAAGCCAGAGGACCAAGUGGGUAGUUCAGGAUCAAGUUUUGACCCAUAUUUUCUCAUCAGAUGA